ACUAGACACAGAUAGGCUGACAUAGAACAUCAACGGAUAUUAAGAAGAAAAACCUCGACACACCGCAUAUUGGAGGCGUUGGGAAAAGAAUACGGAAUGGGGGGCCGUAUAGCAUUUUUGCUUUUAAUGGUUACGACCAUGGCUUUUGCUGUUGAGAUGCCUGCGGAUGAUGGAGUGGGUUCAUUGGCCGAGCCCCAGGUGGCCAUGUUCUGUGGCAAGCUCAAUAUGCACAUCAAUGUUCAGAACGGCAAAUGGGAACCCGACCCCAGCGGCACCAAGAGCUGCAUCGGCACCAAGGAGGGCAUCCUUCAGUACUGCCAGGAGGUUUAUCCUGAGCUUCAGAUCACCAACGUGGUGGAGGCCAACCAGCCCGUCACCAUCCAGAACUGGUGCAAGAAGGGUCGCAGGCAAUGCCGGAGUCACCUGCAUAUCGUUGUGCCCUACCGUUGCCUGGUUGGAGAAUUUGUGAGCGAUGCCCUCCUGGUCCCUGACAAGUGUAAGUUUCUGCAUCAGGAGCGUAUGGACCUGUGUGAAAGUCACCUUCACUGGCACACAGUGGCCAAAGAGUCGUGCGGGGACCACACCAUGAAUCUCCAUGACUACGGGAUGCUGCUGCCGUGCGGUAUUGACCGUUUCCGUGGCGUCGAGUUUGUGUGCUGCCCAUCGGAGGCAGAGCGGGAGGCAGAUAGUGCUGAGCAGGAGGAUGAUGGUGACUCUGAUGUCUGGUGGGGAGGACCUGAGACAGAUUAUGCAGACAAUAGUAUGCCUCGGGAGGCAGAGCCCACAGAGGCAGAGCCAGAACCAGAGCCCGCCCUGCUCGAGGAUGACGAGGAUAUCGAGGAAGAUGAGGAAGAGGCUGCCCUGGACAACGACGAGGACGGAGACGGCGACGAAGACGAGGAGGAGGAAGACGAGGAGGAUGACGAGGCAGUGGACGAGAGCGACUUCAGCAAACUCACCACGGAGGUUGCCAUGACAACCACCACAACCACCACCACCGAAUCUGUAGAAGAAGUGGUCAGAGAGGUGUGUUGGGCGAGCGCGGAGACAGGACCGUGUCGGGCGAUGCUGCCCCGCUGGUAUUUUGUCCGGGAGGAGGGCCGCUGUGCCCCCUUCAUCUACGGCGGCUGCGGAGGCAACCGCAAUAACUUUGAGUCGGAGGAAUACUGCCUGUCCGUCUGCAGCAGCGUGUUGCCCACCACCUCCCCCAGCCCACCAGACGCAGUGGACCGCUACCUGGAGACCCCCGGAGACGACAACGAGCACGCCCACUUCCAGAAAGCUAAGGAGAGCCUGGAGGCCAAACACCGCGAGAGGAUGUCCCAGGUGAUGAGGGAGUGGGAGGAGGCGGAGAGACAGGCGAAGAGUCUGCCACGCGCCGACAAAAAGGCCGUCAUCCAGCACUUCCAGGAGAAGGUGGAGGCUCUGGAGCAGGAGGCAGCCAGUAAGAGGCAGCAGCUGGUGGAGACCCACAUGGCUCGGGUGGAGGCUCUGCUCAACGACCGCCGUCGCCUGGCACUGGAGAGUUACCUCACCGCUCUGCAGGCCGACCCACCCCGGCCUCGUCAUGUGUUCAGUCUGUUGAAGAAGUAUGUGCGUGCUGAACAGAAGGACAGGCAGCACACCCUCAAACACUUUGAACAUGUGCGCAUGGUUGACCCCAAGAAGGCCGCUCAGAUCCGACCUCAGGUGCUGACCCACCUGCGUGUGAUCGAGGAGAGGAUGAAUCAGUCUCUGGGACUGCUCUACAAAGUGCCUGGAGUGGCUGAGGAGAUCCAGGACCAAGUGGAGUUGCUGCAGCGGGAGCAGCAGGAGAUGGCUCAGCAGUUGUCGUCUCUGCAGAGCGACGUGAGGGUGAGUUAUGGGAACAACGCCUUGAUGCCUGACCUGCCCGACAGCACGGCCACACUGGACCUGCUUCCCCCAGAGGACACGGGCCUGGGCCUGGACGGGCUGGGCUUCAUUCACCCUGAGAGCUUCAACCAGCCCAACACCCAGAACCAGGUGGAGCCUGUGGAUGCCCGUCCUAUCCCUGAGAGAGGCCUGCCUACACGACCAGUGUCUGGACUGAGGCCGGAGGAAAUUCCUGAGUUGAGGAUGGAGGCAGAGGAGAGACACAGUGCUGGAUAUGAAGUGCACCACCAGAAACUGGUGUUCUUUGCUGAGGAUGUCAGCUCCAAUAAGGGCGCUAUUAUUGGGCUCAUGGUUGGCGGGGUUGUCAUAGCAACUGUCAUCGUCAUCACCCUGGUGAUGCUGAGGAAGAAGCAGUACACGUCCAUCCACCACGGUGUCAUAGAGGUGGAUGCCGCUGUGACUCCUGAGGAGCGCCAUCUGUCUAAGAUGCAGCAGAACGGCUAUGAGAACCCCACCUACAAGUUCUUUGAGCAGAUGCAGAACUGAGACUCCAUCUAACAGACUGCCUAACCACACCCCCUUCCCCCUCCCUCCCUCCCUCCUUAUGUCUUACACCCUAUCCCACCUUCCCAUGAGACAGUGCAGGGCAGAACAACCUGUUCAGAAACAGAGUGCUGUGUUAAAUCUGAAUUAAUGUUGUUCCCACGCGAUUGGUCAGCAGCUCUGUCCGUCAAAAACGACUCUCCAGUUUAAUUGGCGGCCUCAAGAGACGCUCACCAGUUCUCAGUCGUCCUCUGUAGUGCUGCUACCACUCCUCCUCCUCGUUCAGCGUGAAGAUAGGAAAGCGCCCCCAUAGGUUCUGUUUCAGAGUCAGGCUUUGUGUGUCUUUUUUCAAAAUCGAUUGGUAGUAGAAUUUCAGUAGUUUUUAGCUGACCCUGAAUCUGUGCUCGGCGGCCGUUUGACGUUGUCGUAAAACCGUCUUUGCGAACACUGUGGUUCUCCCUUCACUGUCCGUCUCCAUACAUCUCUACUUCAUACCACACACUGGGAUAUUUGGAAGAUUUAUGCUGUUAUUGUCAUCCUUCCCUCCCUCCCUCUCCUCAUUCUUACCUCCCCCCCUCUUUCCCUCCUUUUUCUGUGCAUUGAUGACAGCUGUGCUGUGUAUGAUCACGCCAGAUUAUUAAGGAUAAAAUAAUGAUGAAAAAAAAAAAACUACAAUUAUGAUUAUAAUGGUAUCUCUAAUGUACUCAUGAAUGAUCUCUUUAUUUUAGGAUUAAUUGAUUGUUUCUGGUUUGUUUUUUCAAAAAAGAAAUAAAUAAAUAAAUAAUUGUAAAAACACAAAAG